AAAAAAAAAAUGAGCGCGCAUGCGUAGAUCUGGCACGAGACGCAGAUUGGUAACCACACUGGGAACAAAUAGAUACGAUGGGAAAAAACAGACGAACUAAAGCUUCAAAAUUCACUCAUCAGCAAACAGAAGAACAGAAUCCAAGGGCACAUUAUCCUGCUGAAAGGGUGUACAUGGUCUACAACAAUGCUUAGCAAGAAGUUAAAAAAGAAAGUUAUGAAACCUCAACUGGAUGAACAUCUGGAGCAUAUACCUUUUCAACUGCGUAGAAUUAUGAAAAGUAAAGAAAAAAUGAAUAUGGGAUCCAGUAAACUGAAGAUCAUAAGAGCAUGCAAGCCCAAAGCACAGACAGAAAUCUGUGAGCAGGAUCAGAUCAAAAUUCCACACUUUCGAAGAGGAAAGAAAGAGUCUGAGAGAGCUUACCUACGGCGCAUGUCACAAGAAACGCAGCAUGUUCUCUUUCUCACAAAAAACCAGCCAGAGAGACAUCCUGAACGAAUCCUGGAGGAGAAGGCAACAACUUCAAACAAAAAUCUAAAAAAAAAAAAGUACAAUAAAAGAAAAUUGCUCCAUGAAAAAAAGGUCAAGCUACAAGAGGACAUUGAGAAAAAUAUAUUUGCAGAUAAAGUACAAUUUGGAGAGGUUGCGAUGGAACCUCCAUCACUGACUGUCAAACCAAAGAAGGCUCCUGUGAAACCUCAGAGGGUAUCCAAUAGCCUUCUUCUGAGUUCUAUCCUUGGCCACACUGAUGUCUCAACAGCUAAGCCAUCUAUGGCAAGGCAGAAGAUAAUUGAGGAAGAACAUGAAAGGGUGGUCCAUGCUUACCGCCAACUAAAGAGGAAGAAGAGCGAAAAGCAGCAAAAGGAAUGGAUGAACAAAUUUCUAAACGUUCAAUAAUGCCUCCAGGGUGUGUGGGUGGGUGUGUUUGGAGAUGUUAGUUGUGUGAUGUGUGUGUGUAUGUGUAUAUAUAUAUAUAUAUAUAUAUAUAUAUAUAUAUAUAUAUAUAUAUAUAUAUAUAUAUAUAUAUAUAUAUAUGCACACGCACAUAUUUUUUUAAAUGGUUGAAUGCAAAACAAAAUAAAACAUUCAUGCAGAAUGCAACAGAAAUUGUUGUUGUAAGCUUUGAGACAAGAAUGGAUUGAAGAAGCAGAUUGAAACAAAAAAAAACACAUUGAAUGUUUGAUUCCUUCUGCAGAAAGGAAUUUGUUAAAUCUAUAAUGAAUGCAGAAAACACACUGAUGCUCAUACUUUAUAUAUUCUCAGAAGUUUCUGGUUACACAACUCCACUUGACAAAAUACAGUUGUAGAAUUGACAUUAGUUAAUCACAUGUCACCCAGAUGAGGAUGGGUUCUAUUUUGAAUCUGGCUUUUCUCAAGGUUUCUACCUUUUAUUGUCUGAGGGAGUAUUUCAUUGUCACUCUUUCCUCUGGCUGCUCAAUAAGGAUAAAUAUAAAGUAAAGCAUAAAGCUUUGUGAAAUUA